UCUUAGAACUGUCCAUUUUUAGCUCAGUCGACCAUUUUUUUGUAAUUUUAACUAAUUCAUACCAAAUUAGAAACAAAAAUACUAUAGAAACAAAAAUAUAUAGUUUCGUACUAUGGAAACAAAAAUUGAAAAUUUGAGAAUCGAUAACCGAGAAAUGGAACUGGCUAAAAGACCCAUAACCAUCAAAAUUAUCUGCUGUCGUGGAUGUGGGUAUAAGAGCCAGGCGACUACCUUCCGCAAGCAAAUUGCCAGGGCUUUUCCGAAAGAGAAAUUUGUCUGGGUUUUGAAAACAACCGACCAGGUGAACGGAUGCUUCGAAGUACUCAUCAAUGGCGAGCAAGUCCACUCUAAACUGGAAGGCGAUGGAUAUGUGGACUCGGCUGACAAGAUGAAGGUGAUCGAAGACCGCAUUUCUGGCUGCUUGAAACAAAAAUAAAAAGAAAGAUCAACUAACUGAGGAAUCGCAAUUCGAUGUCAAAAUUUGAUCAAUUACCAUAUGUAAAAUUUAACCAAAUUCUCUACUGUGAGCUGAGGAGAAUCUAGAUUUUGAAUUGCAAAAUAUCUUAAUUUUAAGUAACGAGGCCAUACUGUGUAAGGAUACUAAAUGUGUAAGGUCACUGGAAUCCACAAACAAGUCGUACAUAUGC